AUGCUUGCUGCUUCAUUCAAACGCCAACCAUCGCAAUUGGCCCGUGGGCUGAGAAGUGUCCUGUACACUUCCACCAGAUUAAGCCAUGUUCGUACUAUGGCAACUUUAAAGACAAACGAUAAAAAAGCACCUGAAGAAAUUGAGGGCACGGACACUGUGCAAAUCGAGUUGCCCGAGUCCUCUUUUGAAUCGUACAUGCUGGACCCUCCAGACUUGUCCUACGAGACUUCCAAAGCCACUUUAUUGCAAAUGUAUAAAGAUAUGGUCAUCAUCAGAAGAAUGGAGAUGGCUUGCGACGCCUUGUACAAGGCCAAGAAAAUCAGAGGUUUCUGCCACUUGUCUGUCGGUCAAGAAGCUAUUGCCGUCGGUAUUGAGAACGCCAUCACAAAACUGGACACCAUCAUUACAUCCUAUAGAUGUCAUGGUUUCACCUUCAUGAGAGGCGCCUCAGUGAAAGCCGUCCUGGCUGAGUUACUGGGCAGAAGAGCCGGUGUCUCCUUUGGUAAAGGUGGCUCCAUGCAUCUUUAUGCUCCAGGGUUCUACGGUGGUAACGGUAUCGUGGGUGCUCAAGUUCCUUUGGGUGCAGGUUUAGCAUUUGCUCACCAGUACAAGAACGAAGACGCCUGCUCUUUCACUUUGUAUGGUGAUGGUGCCUCCAACCAAGGCCAAGUCUUUGAGUCUUUCAAUAUGGCCAAGUUAUGGAACUUGCCUGUUGUGUUUUGUUGUGAGAACAAUAAGUACGGUAUGGGUACUUCUGCCGCAAGAUCAUCUGCCAUGACCGAAUAUUUCAAGCGUGGUCAAUACAUCCCAGGUUUGAAAGUCAAUGGUAUGGAUAUUUUAGCCGUCUACCAAGCAUCCAAGUUUGCCAAGGACUGGUGUUUAUCUGGUAAGGGUCCUCUUGUUUUGGAAUACGAAACCUAUAGAUACGGUGGCCAUUCCAUGUCCGACCCUGGUACCACAUACAGAACCAGAGACGAAAUUCAACACAUGAGAUCCAAGAACGACCCAAUUGCUGGUCUCAAGAUGCAUUUGGUCGAUUUAGGUAUUGCCACUGAAGGGGAAGUCAAAGCUUACGACAAGGCCGCUAGAAAAUACGUUGACGAACAAGUCGAAUUAGCCGAUGCUGCUGCUCCUCCAGAAGCUAAACUAUCUAUCUUGUUUGAAGAUGUCUACGUGAAGGGUACAGAAACCCCAACUUUAAGAGGUAGAAUUCCUGAAGAUACUUGGGACUUCCAAAAGCAAGGCUUCGCUUCUAGGAAUUAA